AGGGAGAGAAUUGUGCACAUGCUCACAGCCCAGGAGCCGGGUUUCCCCGCCCCUUGCCCGCAGAGCCGGAAGUCUAGGUCUGUGAAUCGUCCGGAACUGAGUUGAAGCACUGUAGGUUUCCGUCCGGAAAAAGUAACCAAACCGCCCGUGGACCAGCAACAUGGCGUGGUCCGCUAAUAAGGCAGCUGUUGUGCUAUGUAUGGAUGUGGGCAUUGCCAUGGGUAACUCUUUUCCUGGCGAAGAAUCCCCGUUUGAACAAGCGAAGAAAGUGAUGACUAUGUUUGUCCAACGACAGGUGUUUUCUGAGAGCAAGGAUGAGAUUGCUUUAGUCCUCUUUGGAACAGACAGCACUGAGAAUGCCCUUGCUAGUGAGGACCAGUAUCAGAACAUCACAGUGCGCAGACACCUGAUGCUACCAGAUUUUGAUUUGCUGGAAGACAUCGAAAGCAAAAUCCAACUAGGCUCUCGACAAGCCGACUUCCUGGACGCCCUGAUCGUGUGCAUGGAUUUGAUUCAGCGUGAAACUAUAGGGAAGAAGUUUGGGAAGAAGCAUAUUGAAGUGUUCACUGACCUCAGCAGCCCAUUCAGCCAAGAUCAACUGGAUGUUAUCAUUUGUAACUUGAAGAAGUCUGGCAUCUCCCUGCAGUUCUUCCUGCCUUUUCCAAUCAGCAAGAACAACGAGACUGGGCACAGCGGAGAUGGUGACUUGGGCUUGGACCACCGUGGACCCUCCUUUCCUCAAAAAGGAGUUACUGAGCAGCAAAAGGAAGGCAUCCGCAUGGUGGAGAGGGUGAUGGUGUCUUUAGAAGGUGAAGAUGGGCUGGAUGAGAUCUACUCCUUCAGUGAGAGUCUACGGCAGCUGUGUGUCUUUAAGAAGAUUGAGAGGCGCUCUAUGCCCUGGCCCUGCCAGCUGACCAUCGGCCCCGAUCUGUCUAUAAAGAUUGUAGCCUAUAAAUCGAUCGUACAGGAGAAGCUUAAAAAGACCUGGGUAGUUGUGGAUGCAAGAACCCUGAAGAAGGAAGAUAUACAGAAAGAAACUGUCUAUUGCUUAAAUGACGAUGACGAAACUGAAGUUUCCAAAGAGGACACUAUUCAAGGGUUCCGCUACGGAAGUGAUAUAAUUCCCUUUUCUAAAGUGGAUGAGGAACAAAUGAAAUAUAAAUCGGAGGGGAAGUGCUUCUCUGUUUUGGGAUUCUGUAGAUCUUCUCAGGUCCACAGGAGAUUCUUUAUGGGAUAUCAAGUUCUAAAGGUCUUUGCAGCAAAAGAUGAUGAGGCGGCGGCUGUUGCUCUUUCUUCCCUUAUUCAUGCUUUGGAUGAAUUAAACAUGGUCGCCAUUGUUCGAUACACUUAUGACAAAAGAGCUAAUCCUCAAGUUGGUGUAGCCUUUCCUUAUAUUAAGGAUUCCUAUGAGUGUUUAGUUUAUGUGCAGCUGCCUUUCAUGGAAGACUUGCGGCAAUACAUGUUUUCAUCACUGAAAAACAAUAAGAAAUGCACUCCCACAGAGGCACAGUUGAGUGCUAUUGAUGAUCUGAUUGAUUCUAUGAGCUUGGUAAAGAAAAGCGAGGAAGAAGACACCAUUGAAGACUUGUUUCCAACCUCCAAAAUUCCAAAUCCUGAAUUUCAGAGAUUUUUCCAGGGCCUGCUACACAGAGUCUUACAUCCCCAGGAGCGUCUACCCCCAAUUCAGCAGCACAUUUUGAAUAUGCUGGAUCCCCCCACUGAGGUGAAAGCCAAAUGUGAGAUUCCUCUCUCGAAAGUGAGGACCCUUUUCCCUCUGACAGAAGCCGUCAAGAAAAAGGAUCAAGUGACUGCUCAGGACAUUUUCCAAGACAAUGAUGAAGAGGGGCCUGCUGCCAAAAAGUGUAAGAUGGAGAAAGAAGAGAGUCACAUCAGUAUCUCUAGCCUGGCUGAAGGGAAUGUCACCAAGGUUGGAAGUGUGAAUCCUGUUGAAAACUUCCGUGUUCUAGUGAGGCAGAAGAUUGCCAGCUUUGAGGAGGCGAGUCUCCAGCUAAUAAGUCACAUUGAGCAGUUUUUGGAUACCAACGAAACACUGUAUUUUAUGAAGAGUAUGGAGUGCAUCAAAGCUUUCCGGGAGGAGGCCAUCCAGUUUUCAGAAGAGCAGCGCUUCAACAGUUUCCUGGAAGCCCUUCGAGAGAAAGUGGAAAUUAAGCAAUUAAAUCAUUUCUGGGAAAUUGUUGUUCAGGAUGGAGUUACUUUGAUCACCAAGGAUGAAGGCCCUGGAAGCUCUGUCACAACUGAGGAAGCCACAAAGGAAUUUGGCCUCAUCCCAGAGAUGUGCCAUUCGUGGUUAAUUAUAUAUACCAUGGCCACACUGUGCAGAGGAUCCUAUCUUAAUUUAUCCUUUAAUUGCAGUAUGAAGAGGCCUUGUAAGAGUUCUGUUACCCAUGUGUGAGUGGAGCCUGCUUCCAGGGACAUGCUGCGUGAAGCCUCGUAUUUAAUGGGAGACUCUGGUUUAUGGCUUGGUAAGGAGACAUCAUUGUGGUAGGUCUUGGGUUGCAGGGUUGUGGUCAUUUCCAUCAUUCAUAAAAAUAGCAGGGAUUCGUAGAGAAAGCAGUUUUCAUGUUAGAGAAGUGAAAAAACUGUAAGUACAUGCUUUCUUUGUUGCAAGGAGGCAAGUUUGAACCGGAAGGCUUGCUCACCACACAGAGUAACAACAGAAAGCCGUGCCCACCUCCUUCUGUGCUGGGACAGGUAGACACAUCCACCCCUACUUAUAGUUGCCCUACACCGUGAAGUCUGAAAAGGUUCUCUGCUAUUCUGUCUUGAGGGACAGGGUGGGAAAUGGUAUUCAGAUACUUCCCAGAGCUACUCAGUACUUUAAAAAUCUGAUAUUACACCUGGAUCUACAGCCCUUCAAGUGUGUCUGCCUUUUAGGAGCUCCAGUUUUUAGCACACUGAUGUAGAGUGUCCUCAUCUGUCUGUUUUCUAGCCAUUUCUCACACAAACAGGAUUUCCAUGGAAGAUUAGACAGCCUCCCAGUGCAACCAUUUUGUUCUCUGUCGACAUUUGUCCUCAGCUAGGUUCAGGAAGAGAUGCCUAUAAUCUUGCUAAUCUCUUUCAAAGGAGACCAGGAGGUGCUGGUUUUACUAGAGGGGGGUGGGGAUUUCUUAUUUUCUUAGCUUGGACAUGCCAACACACCCUGUGGAAGAAAUGACACCAGGUGUAUGCUAUCAGCCAACCCAUCACCUCCUUACCAAGCACUGAUGAUUCCCUUUCUCACAGAACUGUCAGGUGACGAGUCAGUGUGGACUAUCAAACCUCAAAACUAGCCCUCUUGUUUAGAGACGAAAGCUCCUGUGUUUUAGAACCUCCCUCCGUUUGCCUGUUCUUUUCAUUAGAAAGACAUAAAUAAUCAUUUUAUUGUCAUGGCCAACUUCUUGU